AUGCCAGCCAGUUUCACAGAAGCCAGCAGCAGCUUAAAUGGAAGCAGAGAGAGGCUGGAUUUUACACUUGUAACUUGCACAGAAACAAUGACUUUCACUGAAGUAGUGGAAGACGAGGACUGGGGAUCCUUCUACUAUUCCUUUAAGACAGAGCAGCUGGUUACUCUUUGGAUUCUCUUUAUUGUCACAGUUGCUGGAAACUCCAUCGUGCUGCUCUCCACGUGGAAGAGGAAGAGGAAAUCCCGAAUGACCUUUUUUGUAACACAGUUAGCCAUCACAGAUUGCUUUACAGGAUUCAUAAAUAUACUGACUGAUAUAAUUUGGCGCUUCACAGGAGAUUUCAUGGCCCCUGAUAUUGUCUGCAGAGUUGUUCGCUACCUGCAGGUUGUCCUUCUGUAUGCCUCAACUUAUGUUCUGGUUUCACUCAGCAUAGACCGUUACCAUGCCAUAGUUUAUCCAAUGAAGUUCCUUCAGGGAGAAAGGCAGGCGAAAGUUCUCAUCAUGGUGGCAUGGAGCCUCUCUUUCCUGUUUUCGAUUCCGACUCUGAUUAUAUUUGGGAAACGGCAGCUAUCCAAUGGGGAAGUGCAGUGCUGGGCCCUCUGGCCUGAUGACUCCUACUGGAUACCCUACAUGACUGUGGUCGCUUUCCUGGUAUAUUUCAUUCCUUUGAUUAUCAUCAGUGUCAUUUACUUCAUUGUGAUUCGAACCAUAUGGAUGAAAAGUAAACCUCAUGCUGCGAUUAUUUCCAACUGUACUGAUGGCAAAUUCUGUGCCAGCUACACCCAUCGAGGGAUCAUAUCAAAGGCUAAAGUUAAAGCUAUCAAGUACAGCAUUGUAAUUAUUCUUGCAUUUGUCCUCUGCUGGAGUCCUUACUUUCUCUUUGAUAUCCUGGACAACUUCAAUGUACUCCCUCAGACCAAAAAACGCUUCUAUGCAUCUGUGAUUAUUCAAAAUCUACCAUCUUUAAACAGUGCCGUUAAUCCCCUUAUCUACUGCAUCUUCAGCAACAUCCUCUGCCGUCCUUUUUUUGGGAAAAGAAGAGCAAGAAACUUAGGGGGAACUUUCAAAGACCGAACUGAUGGGCAGGAAAUGCAGGCUGUGUCCAAGCCCGAAUACAUCUAG